AUGCGUCGUCACCGGAGAGAGGGCAAAGAGCGAUGGGUUUGCUCGCCCAACCACCACAUCUUUCCACUCCUCUGCCGCCGUCGUUGGAAGAACCCAGAACCGAGUCGGACGCAUCGCUCUCCUUUUCGAACACAGCAUCCAAUCGGGCGACUCUCUCUCCCUCUAGAUUCCAGAUCCGGCUCCAUGCAACUCCCUUGUGCGGCGGCUCUCUCUUCCUCUCGAGGUCAGAUUCGGCGAGAUGCAGUCUCCCACCCGCAACGCUUCUCAGUCAGUCUAGAUGGCGGCGAGUGGGAGGGCUACGACGAGAUGGCGGCGGGAUGGUUGCCGGAGAUCUGGAUCAAGAGAGGAGGCACCCGGAUUUCUUGA